CAAAUUCUACAUCUGAUCUGCGUCUAAUUUUCUUUGGAACCCUUAUCAGAUAGUGAACAUUCCUGAAGCACAUCAUUCAUCAGCUCCUUCAAUGGCUGCUUCUACGAAUCCGAAUAGGAAUUACCAUGUGUUCUUGAGUUUCAAAGGCGCGGACGUCCGCAACAACUUCCUCAGUCAUCUCUACGCGGCUCUUGACCAGAAAGGAAUACACACUUUUGUGGAUCGCGAAGAGCUUCAGAAAGGAGAGGAAAUAUCGCCGGCACUCAUGAGGGCAAUUGAGGAAUCGCAUGUCGCGAUCAUCAUUUUCUCCCAGGACUACGCUUCCUCGCCCUGGUGUUUGGAAGAGGUAACAAAAAUCAUGGAGUGCAAGGAGGGAAAGGGCCUGAUUGUGUUCCCGGUGUUUUACAAAGUGGAACCGAGAGAAGUGAGAGGGGUCAGAGAGAGUUAUGGGAGAGCUAUGGCUAAGCAUGAGUUCAAGUUAGGAAAGGAUUCGGAGAAAGUGAAGAGAUGGAAGAAGGCUCUCUUUGAUGCCGGUAGCUUGUAUGGGUGGGACCUAAAUGGCAGAGAUGAAGCGGAGCUCAUACAGUGCAUCGUAAAGAAAUUAUCAAGUCAUCUCAACCAUAUACCCUUACAUGUUGCUAAGUAUCCAGUUGGAAUAGAUUCCCGAGUUCAAGAACUUAUAUGUUUGUCACAGAAAGAGUCAGCUGAGGAUGAUGUUAUGAUGAUAGGUCUAUGGGGACCCGGAGGCAUAGGGAAAACAACAAUUGCUAAGGCACUAUAUAAUGCUAUUGAGAGACAAUUUCAAGGUUGUAGUUUUUUGGCGCAAGUUAGAGAAACUUCGAACCAAACCGAUGGUCUAGUUGCUUUGCAAAAAAAACUUCUGUCUGAGAUCUUAUCUCAUAGAGAUUUAAUAAUCUAUAGUGUGGACGGAGGAAUUAGUUUGAUACGGGAAAGACUAUGUUCCAAGAAGGUUCUCUUAGUUCUUGACGAUGUUGACCAGUUGGAUCAACUCAAUGCUUUAGCUAGAGAAGGCAAUUGGUUUGGCAAAGGAAGUAGAAUCAUUGUUACAUCAAGAGAUAAACAUUUGCUAACUUCUCAUGGUAUAAAUUGUGUUUAUGAAGUUGAAGCUUUAGAAGACAAUGAAGCACUAGACCUUUUUGGUCGGCAUGCCUUCCCAAAUAGCAAGAAAGUGGAAAUCCGAAGGGAUCUCAUAGAUAGAGCACUGCAUUAUGCUGACGGCUUUCCGUUAGCCCUGGAAGUGUUGGGCUCAUUCUUACGUGGAAGAAAGGAAACUGCAUGGGAAAGUACAAUGCUUAAACUCUCCAAAAUUCCUGAACCAACUAUUAAUCGAGUUCUCAAGAUAAGCUUCGAUGCAUUGGAGGACAAUGAGAGGGAGAUUUUCCUUGAUAUUGCUUGUUUCUUUAAGGGGAGAAGUAUAGAAUAUAUCAAGGAAGUUCUUGACAGCCGUGAUUUUUACACAACUAUAGGAAUAGAAAUUCUCAUCGAGAGGUCCUUGAUAAAAAAUGAGUAUGGGACCCUACAAAUGCACGAUUUGAUUCAGUUGAUGGGUAAGGAUAUUGUUAAUCAGGAAUGUCCCGAUGAUCCUGGGAAGCGCAGUAGAUUAUGGCUUUUCGAAGAUGUUCGGGACAUUCUAUGUGAAGAUAUGGGAACGAAAGCAAUAAAGGCCAUACUAUUGGAUUUGUCUACCCCAGAAGAGGUAACUAUUAGUCCUAAUGCUUUCGCAAACAUGAAAAGGAUGAGAAUGCUCAUUUUGAAUGAUGUGCAUAUCUCUUCACAAGGUCCCGUACGUCUCCCUAAUGAGCUAAGUUGGCUCAAAUGGCCCAAUGCCCCGGAUCUAGAAUUUGGCUCUGGUCCAAAGAAACUCGUAAGACUCGAUGUCCAGAAAAGUCAUAUUAGACAAUUAGGGGGCAACUUUCGGAAUUUUAGAACGUUGAAGUCCAUCAAUUUCAGUGAAUGCAAUUUCCUGGCUAGUGUUCCUGACCUUUCAUCGGCUCCAAAUCUGGAGAGGUUGGAUCUUGAUGGGUGCGAAAGCUUGGUGGAGGUUCACCAAUCCGUCGGAUAUCAUGACAAGUUAAAAUAUUUGUCGCUUCAAUUGUGCUUUAAUCUUAGUAUAUUUCCUAGUACACUCAAGACAAAAUCUCUUCAAAAACUUUGUCUCUCUUGUUGUUCUAAACUUGAGAAGUUCCCCGAUAUUCUAGUAAAGAUGGAACAUCUAGAAUAUCUUGAGUUACAAGAGACAGCUAUUAAAGAACUUCCUGCAUCAAUUGAAAAUCUUGUUUCUGUGAAGAGGAUCGAUUUAGGAGAUUGCAAAAACCUUGCAAGGCUUCCAUCAAGCAUCUACAAGUUGAAAAAUCUCAAAUUUCUAAGUCUUGAAUGGUGCUCAAAUUUUGUCAUGUUUCCAAAGAACUUGAAGGAUUCAACCGAUCUUGAUGGCGAUAUGGGAUUCCAAAAUCUAUACGAGCUAAGACUUACCGGCUGCAAUCUAUCAGAAGUAGAGUUCCUUGAGAGAUCUUCCAAUUUUCCCCUAUUGGAGUACCUACUUCUUGCAAAUAACAAGUUUACUCAUCUACCAACAUGCAUCAACAAGUAUGAUUAUUGGAAAGACUUGUUUGUUGAUAAAUGCAAGCAAAGCAAGGGGGUCAAUGUGGCUGAUGUGUCAGCACUCUCUAAACUCCUGAAGAGGACCGAAGUCCACAUUCUCCUCAAUGGAAGAGAGAUGCCUGAAUGGAUUCUCCACUGUAAAGGGGAUUCCUUAUCGUUCAUGGUUCCCCAAGACUUGUACGACAAGUUCCUAGGACUAACACUCUGUUUUGUUCUCGGCCCGGAGCAAGGAAAAGUGGUCCAUCAUGCUUCAUAUGUGGUCGACAUACUUGUUAAUCAUGACCGGCGAGUGUCUUCGUGUUCAUACCGGAAGUACUUUUAUCCAUUGGAAUCCGAUCAUGUGUGGCUUCUAUAUUUCCCACGCAAUACACUGAUUGAAGGACAAGAUUAUCUACGAAAGGAUUUGAACCAUUUCCAAGUUGAACUCAGAGCGUCGAAAGGAAGCGUAAAGAAGUGUGGAUUCCGUCUAAUAUGCAAGCAACAGGAGGAUGAUCUGAGGGUCGUGCUCCAACACCAUCAGCCGAUAGAAAGAAAUUGGGUUUUCGAGCAAGGAGACUCAGAGGAAGACAUUUUAAUAGACACCGAGGAAGAAGAUAGUCCAGUGAAACAGAACUUAACAAAGAAGAUGAGAUUGGUCUUAAACCAUGGCGAGAGUAUGGCUUGCAAAACAUGCCUGUCGAAUUGGUCACGACAUCUGUCCAAAAAAAAAGAAAAGAAUUGGUCACGACUUUGUUGAGGAAGUGAUUAUAGGUGAUUUUGAUUCCAAUGCCUCUUGCUUUUCCUUCAAUGUUAAUUUAAAGUCAUGCUACUGAGAUGGUUGAGGAACUGUUUCUUCCCCUCUCGUUUUCUAUGAUUUGUGAUGCAGAGUGCACUAAUCCAACAAUGAGUGGAUGGUUGUUGAAAUUGAAUGGCCAUGCCCUUCCAUGUUCUAUGAAA